AUGGACACCUCCCUCAUGGGUCUGGGAGUGGUCAUGAGUGGGCUCAGGGAAAACUCCAUUUACUCAGAAUCAGAUCAGGAGGAACCUCCUCUCUCAGGCAGGGGGUUACAUCCUUCAACCCUGCCUGGAGUUAUGGAAACUGUGGACGUGGCCCCUGAGGGGGCACAGCUCAUGACUUCCAGUCUCUCAACUGAGGUUGUUGAGACCAUACUCCAGUCCAGAGCUCCCGCCACGAGGAAACUGUACACUCUGAAGUGGAAGCUAUUCACUUCUUGGUUUGAUUACCAAGAGCUGCUACACAACUCCAGUUUUUGCCUUGUUCCUCGGGGCAGGCGGCUCGGGUCCUUCCGCUUUCUAGAGGCCCUGCAGGCGGCCUGUAUUCCUGUACUGCUAAGUAAUGGAUGGGAGCUGCCCUUCUCAGAGGUCAUUGACUGGAGUAAAGCGGCCAUCAUUGGAGAUGAGAGAUUAUUGCUGCAGGUUCCAUCUAUCACCAGGUCUGUGGGUUCAGACAGAAUCCUGGCACUGCGGCAGCAGACUCAGUUCCUGUGGGAUGCCUACUUCUCUUCCGUCACAAAGAUAGUCUUAACCACAUUAGAGAUUAUCCAUGACAGGAUACGGACACACAUGUCCAGGAGCAGGUUGAUGUGGAAUUCUUUGCCUGGAGGACUCUACGCACUUCCUGAGUUCUCCAGCGACCUCACCCUCUUUCCCUUCUACUACUCAACACUCGGUAAGAGUCCGUCUCAGGAGUUUACAGCUGUUAUUCAAGCGGUCACACCUCUACAGUCCCAACAGCAGCCCAUGUUCAAACUGAUCCAUGCGGUCGCCAAGUCCAAGUUCUGUGCACAGAUUUUAGUGCUGUGGAACUGUGAGAAGCCUCCACCCCCCAGAAACAAGUGGCCCUCCAUCACAACACCCUUCUCCGUCAUUGAGGGCAAAAGAAAGACGAUGAGUGGUCGUUUUUUUCCUCAUCAUGCUAUCAAAACUGAUGCAGUUCUCAGCCUGGAUGAGGACUCGGUUCUGUCCACCAAUGAGGUGGAUUUCGCCUUCAUUGUUUGGCAGAGUUUUCCAGAUCGGAUCGUAGGCUACCCAGCACGAAGCCAUUACUGGGACAGUGGGAAGGGGAGGUGGGGUUAUACCUCUAAAUGGACCAAUGAAUACUCCAUGGUGCUCACAGGAGCUGCGUUUUACCACAGGUAUUAUCAUCACCUGUACACAUACUACCUGCCAGCGUCUCUGCUGUCUAUGGUGGACCAGUUAGCCAACUGUGAGGACAUCCUCAUGAAUUUCCUCAUCUCUGCAGUAACCAAACUCCCGCCAAUCAAAGUCACACAGAAAAAACAGUACAAGGAGACCAUGAUGCAGCAGGGCUCGAAGGCAUCUCGAUGGGCCGACCCAGACCACUUUGCACAACGUCAGUCCUGCAUGAACUCUUUCACGCGUUGGUUUGGCUUCAUGCCUCUCCUUCACUCUCAGUUGCGUCUGGACCCCGUCCUCUUCAAAGACCAGGUCUCUAUCCUACGCAAGAAAUACAGAGACAUUGAGAGGUUGUGAGGGGCGAAUCCCUCCAACACCCCGCUGAACUCAUCAGAACAUCCCCAAACAGACCUGCAGUGUUCAGUUCGCCUGGACUCAAAUACAAUAUGUUCCAUCUACAGAAAAAAAAAAUAUAUAUAUAACAAAAUAUGCAACACUGAAUGGUUUUAUAUGCAGCUGAAGGUUUCAUGGCAAGCAUUUGCUCAGAAUAGAACUGGCUCCUUGCGUGUUCGAAUUUGUUGUUGUUGUCGAUGUUGUUGUCUGCGAGGGCCAUAGCCACGGCACUUGUAUGAACAGGAGGCAAAAGAAGCGUGUGAUUGGAUUGAAAACAGCUCAACGAGUCACCUAUGCCUGCAAUAUGUAUUUUAAUUUCAAUUAUUUUUUUAAAGAAAUUCUUUUUUUUUUUUUAAGAAGUUUAAAAAAAUAAAAUCUAUGAAUGCAAAGUGGGUUUGUACCCUAAAUAUUUAUUUUUGUAUCAUUUUAUUGUGUUUGUCCUUAAAUACACCAUUUUCCCUUCAUUCAAUAUGAAUAAUAUUUGUACUUGAUAUUUUGAGAAAAUCACCAGUCAGUUUCUGCAGUUCAGAUUUAAAAGCUAGCAUAGAACUGUUUAAUAAUUUGCGAGCAGGGUGUGAAUUAUGGGGGACGGGGGUUUUAAUUAAGGUUUGAACCCCCUUAAAGUUAAAACUAAAAGUUGGGGUCUUUUAAAUACAUACUACUUUUACAUAAACAUUGACAACUGACAAGAAGUGUUGUGUUGCACAUCUGAGAGAUGCAACCCACAUUAGAAGCUAGCGGAUCAUUUCGGACAUUUUGUGUGCAUGUCUUUAUGUUU